GGCAGGUUAUUCGGCUGGGUUUAAGUCUUUAAAUCGUUCGGUGCUCAGGUCGAGUCAGAAGCAGAUUCAGUCUUUAUUUUUCCAAAUUAACGGCGGAGCUCCACCGUUGUAUUUCUGGACGGGCUGAUUUGAUCAUCUUGGGCGAGAGUUCUUGGGUCUUCCGAGAGAGGUGAGCGAUGGCGGAAGCCGUUGGCCCCUUCAAAGGCCUCCACAACAAAGAGUAUCAAGGGCACAAGAAGAAGGUGCACUCUGUGGCGUGGAAUUGCACGGGGACGAAGCUCGCCUCCGGUUCCGUCGACCAGACAGCCCGCGUUUGGCACGUCGAAUCCCACGGCCACGGAAAGGCCAAGGACAUUGAGUUAAAAGGGCAUUCUGAUAGCGUUGAUCAACUAUGUUGGGACCCAAAACAUGCUGAUUUAAUUGCAACUGCAUCAGGAGACAAGACUGUACGCUUAUGGGAUGCUCGUAGUGGGAAAUGCACUCAACAGGUAGAACUUAGUGGUGAAAAUAUAAAUAUUACGUUUAAGCCUGAUGGCACACACAUAGCUGUUGGAAACAGGGAUGAUGAACUGACAAUAUUGGAUGUUCGUAAAUUUAAACCUAUCCACAAGCGCAAGUUCAGCUAUGAAGUCAACGAGAUUGCAUGGGACACAACAGGAGAAAUCUUCUUCCUCACUACAGGGAAUGGUACUGUUGAGGUGCUCAGUUAUCCAUCUCUUAAAGCCCUUCACACGCUCGUUGCACAUACAGCUGGUUGUUAUUGCAUUGCUAUUGAUCCUUUAGGAAGGUACUUCGCUGUUGGAAGUGCAGAUGCACUGGUCAGCCUUUGGGAUAUGUCAGAGAUGCUUUGUGUUCGAACAUUUACAAAACUUGAGUGGCCUGUAAGGACUGUUAGUUUCAAUCAUACUGGAGAGUACAUUGCCUCAGCUAGUGAAGAUCUCUUUAUCGACAUUUCUAAUGUUCAGACUGGGAGGACGGUUCAUCAGAUACCGUGCAGAGCUGCUAUGAACAGCGUAGAAUGGAAUCCUAAAUGUAAUCUUUUGGCUUAUGCUGGUGAUGACAAGAAUAAAUAUCAAGCUGAUGAAGGUGUAUUCCGAGUAAUUGGAUUCGAUAGUGCCUGAUCUGAACACAAAAAGGCUUUAGUGAGAUUUGUUUACAAGUAAAAGUUCAAUUCAUCAGGAAAUCGUCAAAUGGAGCCACUGUUUGACAAAAUGUAGCAAACUAUCAUUGAUAUUGGGAUUGAGUCGUCUACACUUUUUACUCUUCGGAAGGAGGUAUAAUUUCCUUGGUUCU